CUAGAAUUCCUAUAAAAUGCACAGAGAAACCAUUGCUAGGGUUUUUCAAGGCAAAACUUCGUGAGCCUCUCUGUUCCUCCUUAGAAACUCUUCACAACUUCAAAUCGGAUGGCGCCAAAGAAGGAAAAGGCUCCCCCUCCAUCUUCUAAGCCCGCUAAAUCUGGAGGCGGUAAACAGAAGAAGAAGAAGUGGAGCAAGGGAAAGCAGAAGGAGAAGGUAAACAAUAUGGUGUUGUUUGAUCAGGCCACCUAUGACAAACUUCUCUCCGAAGCACCCAAAUACAAGCUCAUCACCCCUUCCAUUCUGUCGGACAGAUUGAGGAUCAAUGGGUCACUUGCACGGAAGGCUAUCAGGGAAUUGAUGGCAAGAGGUCUUAUUAGGAUGGUAUCUGCCCACGCAAGUCAGCAGAUUUACACUAGGGCAACCAAUACCUAGGUGUUCCAUCUUUAUUCUGUUAUAUGUUCUGGAUAUUGAUGAUUAACUUAAUACCAAAAUUUUUAUGUUGUCGUUUUUGUUGAGACAAAUACAAUGUCCGCCUUAUUAGACAAUGUUUUUUUUGGGUGCUUAGACCUUUGUUAGAUUAUGUUGCAUUGAUGGAAAUUUUGACAGUAAUUUUAUUCUAGUGUUGGAGAAUUUGUUGUGCGGUUUUGGAUUUUA